ACUAAUCAACUUUACGUCAGAUGAGAACUUGAAUGUGAGAAUAGUGCCCUUAUUAUGAAAUUAAUCGUGCAAAUAACAGACUAGAUUUUCCUGAGAAAUAGUUUAUCUUUCUCUGAAAAAAGUGUUCAGAAGUGAAAUGAGAGAUUGAAUCAAUCACUAAAGCUGUAGCGGUUGAUACACAUGCUCCAAGCGAAUAAUUUAAUCGAUAAUUCCAGAUGAAAUAGGGAUUAUUUCCAGUUGCGCAGUGUUGGAUUUCAGAAUGGAUAUAAUAUGAGGCAAGAUAUCCUAGAUCGAGAUGAAAACAAGCUGGGCCCGUAUGUAUUCUAGCUGUAAACCAGAUUAAGGUCAAGUCAUCUAAUGAAUGAUCCUUCCGCUGUUGAGAGUGCCACAAUAAAUCAUUAAAUCUUUGUAAAUGAAGCCGCAACACGAUUAUAGUGCACACAAAAGCUGUUUCCAAUUUUAUGCGCUGCCUCAUCUUACAUCUCAUCGUCUGUUCGUGUUACUCUUAGAAAUGUUGUCGUAUUUGAAAUAUUAAUAUCAGACUUCAGUUGAAUGAACAAUUAAGAUGUUUGGAUCUACGAAUGGAGGCCCAAGUGGCCUUGGUUACCGAGCUUCAAGAGUUUUUUCGCAGAAGGGGAGAGUUAGAGUUAGAUUACUCGAAGAAUUUGGAUAAAUUAGUGAAGAGUAUACAACUGAGACAUAGGGAACAAAAACAGAAGAGGGAACAGUGGCCUUUAUUUUCAAGUUAUACAUGUUGGCAACAGUUGGUUGACCAAACUAAAAAUUUAAGUAAGGACCAUGUAGCCUUAUCAGAGGUUUACUCAACACAUUUAGUUGCUAGGUUAUCCCAGGUUAUGGAUGAUGUCCAACGAAUCUACAAGAAGUGUCGGGAAAUUGGCUAUGAGACGCACGAGGAAAUUCUAAGAGUACUUCACGAGUUGCACACUACAAUGAAAACAUAUCAUAGCUACCAGGCUGAAUUAAGACAGACUGAGGGAAAAUUGAGGCUUGCAGAAAACCAGAGGAACAAACUCGAGCAGUCUCUAUCACAAGACAAGCUGGAAAGGUCAAAGAAAUAUAAAAUGAUGGAAAAAGAAGUACAAAAGCGCAAAAGCAAAUAUACAGACGCCAAGGUGAAGGCGUUGAAAGCAAGGAAUGAAUACAUUUUAUGCUUGGAAGCGUCAAAUACAACAAUCCAUAAAUAUUUCGUUGACGACUUGUCAGAUCUUAUAGAUUGUAUGGAUUUUGGUUUUCACAACUGCAUAUCGAGGGCGCUCAUGAUGCAUGUAACAGCUGAAGAAGGAAGACAAAAAUCAGUUCAACAUGGAUUAGAACAACUGACAAAUUGUAUUAAUUCUUUGGAUUCAAGGCUGGACAAACAAAAAUUUUUAGAAUACAAUCACAGUGCUUUUAUGAUACCGAAAAAACUUGAAUUCCAAGGACAGAAAACUGACGAUCCACCAGAACCAGAGAUACAGAAGGUGCUUCAUCAGGAAAUGGAAAGCAGACUUUCCCAACUUCAAAAACGGGUCACAUCACUCAGGGCAGAAUCUGAGGAAGUGUGGAAAACAUUGGAAACAGCAGAAUUCACACUGCUGGAAAUGUUGAAUGCUAAAGAUUAUGAUUGUAGUGGUUACUUCGGGGAAAAUUCUGUGCCUACAAACAAACCUCCUGAAACAUUGUCUAUGAAACAGCGAUCUGAUAGGCAAGAAACAGAAGAAUUUUACCUCACUAAAUUCAGGGAAUAUUUAUUAGGAUCCACAAGAAUAGCGAGACUAGAUUCUAAACAAGAGUACAUUAGGAGUGCUAUGUUAUCAGAAACACCAGAUUUUUGCAAUACUUUGAAACCGGUAAUUAAAACGCCAAGACGAAAAAGGAUAGGCAGGCUUCAGAUGAACGGUCAACCCAAAUUGUUUGGUGGUUCUCUAGAAGAAUACUUGGAGGCCACUAAUCAAGAAAUUCCUAUAAUUAUGAAAUCUUGCAUAAGGGUGAUCAAUCUAUAUGGGCUACACCAUCAGGGUAUAUUCAGGGUUUCUGGUUCUCAAGUGGAGAUAAAUAAUUUCAGAGAAUGGUUUGAGAGGGGUGAGGAUCCUCUUGCAGAUAUGACUGAUGCAUCCGACAUAAAUAGUGUUGCAGGUGUAUUCAAGUUAUAUCUUAGAGAGUUAAGAGAACCUCUAUUCCCUAUAAUAUAUUUUGAACAAUUCAUGGAUUUAGCACAAUUAGAAUCCAAGAGGGACUUCAUAAAUAGAAUGAAGGAACUCAUAAUGAGUUUGCCAAGAAGUGUUGUGAUAGUUAUGAGAUAUUUAUUCGCAUUUUUGAACCAUUUAUCCGAAUUUUCUGAUGAAAACAUGAUGGAUCCUUACAAUUUGGCAAUAUGUUUUGGACCGACUUUAGUGCCAGUGCCUGAUGACAAGGAUCAGGUGCAAUAUCAAAAUCAAGUUAAUGAGCUCAUUAAAAAUAUUAUCAUGUAUAAUGAGGAUAUUUUCCCGAAUGAUGAGGGCAUCGUAUAUGAGAAAUAUAUUUCACCUGAACCCGAUGAUCAGGAUGUUGGCGAUUCUCCUUCAGAUAUAACACAAGAAGAUCUCUAUUCCGAAGUAUAUCCUUCAGAAGAUGAUUCGGAGAACCUUGAAGCAACCGCACAAUUUGAUUUCACAGCAAGAUCACACAGAGAACUAUCACUGAAGAAAGGUGAUGUGGUUACACUUUACUGUCAAGUUUCCAACGACUGGUGGAGAGGUUGUGUCAAUGGACAAGAAGGGCUUAUUCCUGACAAAUAUAUAUCUCUAAAAAUGAAAGAUGAAGAUCGAGAUAAACUAGAGAAUUUGAAGUCUAGUUCAUCUGAAGAGUCCAUGAGAAGGAGGGCUUCAAGCUCCAAUGAUUCUGUCUUAUCUGAAAGUUCCAUCUCUGCUACAAAUUCUCCUCUUAUACAGUGUGCUCCAGUAACAUGGACAAAUGUUUCUGAUAUGGCUGAAUCUAUCUCUAUAGAUCAGAAUUCUUCAGCAGUGACUAUUACUCAGUCAAGAGAGAAGGGAAAUAAAAGAUUGAAUUCUUUGGAGAAUGCAGAAUCUCAGCCUUCCAUCAAAACAGACGAAUGUAUCCAGCAUCACACAACUAUUAAUGUAAAUCAGAUAACUCCUCAACCACAGUCCAUCACAAUCAAUGGCUCUACAGUCACUGUUGCUAAACCUAUUGAAAAAGACGUUGAAGAGAGUGGUAAAGUUGAGGAAUCCGUUGUUAUACGAAAAGUUCACAAAGCUGAAAGUGAAAUUGACGAAAGUGAUGUGGACUUUUCGCAAAACCGGGAACUUUGGCAAAGAAGAGCAAACUCACAGUCGAACAUACAAAUUCCUAGCAAUUUGAAGGUCAACAGACAUUCUGAAUCAUUUGUUCAACGUCAAAAUCAUACGCCGGAUUUGGUUAUGGAUCUGCCGCUUCUAGGGAAUUGUAGCCCCAAAGAAAUUGCUAAAAAAUCAGUAUAUGUAUCUACAAACAUAGAAACGGCAGAACCUGAAAAAACAGUUGAUAGCCCACCAUCUUUGGAUAGCCCUGAAAUGCAGACUGCUGCAGAAAGAUUCGCCAAACAAAACCAGUGUACGCUUAAAAAAAACACCAAGGUGCAUAUAGAUAAUACUGAUGUGAUAACCAUAACAAGUCCUAUGCCGGAUAGGAAGUAUGCAACAAUUUCAGGAAAUCUUGCUACAACCACAUUCAAACCUCAGGUAAAGGCCAAACCUCCCGUUUUGAAGAAACCAGUCUUUGCAGUUCCUCUUCCUGCAUUAGCUGCCGAAUGUGGUAAAGAGACUAACCCCACUUGAAUCAAGAAAUAUUGAGUUUGAUAAGAAUCGAAAUGGUGGAAUAUUGGUUUGACUCUUAAAAUGUAUGCUGAUUUUGAAGAGGUUUGUUGAAUUCAUUUUUAAGAUGAUGUUUUUGUCAUCGAAAUUCUCAGUUUUACAUAUUAUUUGAUUCGAGUGAAACCCAAUUUGUUACUGCUAAUUGAUGAUAUUAAACAAUUGAAAGAUAUGUGUGGACCAAUUCAGUUGCCACUGAUUUUUACACAGUAGGGUGCGCUGUCUUAUUAAAAUUUAAAACUUUACUUCCAUCAAUUUUGAUCAACAGGAAUAUUUUUGAUAUUUUUAUAUUGAGAUCUACAUUGAAUGGUGAAAUGAAGAUAUAUGAGAUAAUGUUGGUACAUAGGCUAAGUAAUGUUUUGUUCCAUAUCAGGAAAAUAUUUCAUGGCCUAUUUUUUCAAUGAAUGCCAUAAUGUGUUAGGGCGCAUCUUGUAUAUGUGAACAUGAAAAAUUUGAGAAUAUUAAUCCUACUGGGGUGCACAAUUGAACUUAUCCCUUUAUAAUGAGUAUAAUCAAAACAAACCCAUACUUCUAAACAGAAUCUAAUUUCUUUGCCAAUGGAUGAAUAAAUGGAAUCAUAUGAUUUUUCUCAAAUAACCCUAAUAGUCUCAAUAACUCGCUACAAUUCACUCAUUCCAAUUUUGAAUUCAGGCAAGUUGCUAAGGAUUGAAUUAUAUUCGCAAAUUUAUUGAAACUGAAUUAUUUCACUAAAAAUUUCUUUUAAUAUCUACUAUUAUCAUUUCAUUACUCUAACAUUAAAAGUUUUUGAACAAUUUCAUACAUUUUUCGUUUAAGGAAGGAUUAUUGUUUUCAUUUUUUAUCCUUUAUCUUAUUCAGAAAAUGCAUUCCUGAUCAGCCUUAAUGCUGUAGAUACCAGGAAUGAAUUUUCAUUAUACAUUUUUGAAAUGAAUAUGAAGAUAUUUCGUAGAUUUUUUUCUACGCAAUAUCUUUGUUAAUUUUCAAUCAACUGUUCUCAUUUUUCAGAACCUAAAUAUUUAAUCUUCAAUGAAAUUAUCCUGUAGCCUAAAUAUUUGUGGUUAAACUUAGAUUUUUAAGAAUUGGUUCUUGCUUUCCCAAUUGGCCUCAAAGAAAUGUAUACAAAAAUAUUCAUCUCACUAUAUGAAUGUCUUGACCAUGGUGCUUUUAUUGAUAUUUUCUUUCCUAUCAUAAAGAAAAUCAAGCUUAUGGAUGUUGUGAUCAUCUUAUUAACCAAAGUUUACUGAUGGUAAUAUUUGUGACAAUAUAUUGAAAUUUGGAAACGAAUCUUGGUUUUUUUAAUAGUCGAUAUUUUAGAAUGGUGCCCAUUGAUGUUAUUUAUUCUCAAUUUUUCAAUAGAUAUAAUCUUAUGUAUUUAUAGUUUUGUAUAUUUUACAAGGAAUUAAUUUCUAAGACUGAUAUUCCAUAGCAGUUAGGUAGAGAUAAACUAAUGUUUUAUAAUUGAAGGGGUUGUUUAGAACUCAUCAGAUACGUAAAUCCCUAUGCCAAUUUUUUUCAAUUUAUACAAGACGAAAAACGCCAAAAAUAAUAUUUACUAUACUAUAGACCCAUUUUGUUGAUGAAGGGUUGAAAGUAUGAUCUAAAGAAUAUGCUCCAAUUUUUUAUACCUAAGAAAGCCUCAAGUAUUAAAUGACAUCUGACAGUUAUUGUCUGAACGUAUUCUAAAAUUUGCACAAAUAUCAAUGUCUUAAUCUUUAAAAAAUAAAUACUCCAAUGUUUGAUAAGUCUACAUAUAAUCCUAUACUUGAAUUGUUUCAAUGUUUUUUCAGAUGUUUUAUUAGUUUUCUACUCAUAAUGUAUAUUUUAUAUUAAUCAACUUUUUAAUGCCUUAUUAAAGGAGUGAACAUCUUAGAUAAGUUAUAAUUCGAUUUUGCAAUUCUAAAUAUUCAUAAGGCGUGAAUCUCAAAAAUAGAUGUGGUGUCUUUCAUAUUUAGUGCAGAGAAGCUGUGAAGAUAUUGUCUAAAUAUUAUUAUGUACAAUGUAUACUCAUUAAGAAAAUGACAUUAUAUAAUUAUUACCUGUCCA